CGUCAAGUUAUACGGGACGGGUAAGGCAUCGGCAGUACGAAUACACUAUUUCUGCCGAAAUUUAGGUAUGUCAGCAUUAACAAAUCAUCACCAGUGUGUUGAAUAAGGUUUAUUUAUAAUAUCUAUCCCUCGGUGACCCGCAGAAAUAGGGCAAUUAUGGCCCUUUGCAGCGGGGAUUUCAGUCGCCUUGAUGAGGUGGACCCUCUUUCGUUUGGCCAAGACGACUCCUGGACAUACCCGGAAGUCAGUGGUCGCGACAGUCGAGUUAAGCUCACCCCACUCGACGAAAUCCUCAAGACAAUAUCGCUGGAGGAGUUUCUCAUGAGGGACAAGGCGAACGCCAAAGAACAGGAGAAGAACUUACUUUGGUUCCACGGGAAGAUCACGCGGGAGACGGCCGUGCACAUCCUCCAGGAGAACGGCAACACCGAGGGGUUGUUCUUGGUCCGCGAGAGCACCACGGCGCCCGGGGAUUUCGUGGUGUCGCUAGUCCACGACUCGCAACCGCAGCACUUUCAGAUCCACUGCCUGGGUGAUUUCUACUACCAGGUUGAUAACGGGCCGCUUUACCAUGGCUUGGACGCUCUGGUUAACUUCUACAUGGAAGGGGCCAAUGGUCUGUCUACGAGACUUUAUGAAUUUUGUAAAGGGGAAGUGCCACCAGCGACGGCUAGACGAAGGGGGAGAACGACCCCGUUACACAGAGCUGUUUUGGACGGCAACCUGUCUCUCGUCCAAAAGAUCUUACAGAGUCCGUACUGCAGCCCCCUGGAUGCGCGUAACACGGCUGGCCAGACAGUCCUACACGAUGCGUCCUUUAUGGGUGACGCUCAGAUUGUUGAGAAACUGCUGGAGGGCGGGGCUAACGUCAACUGCAAAGACAGUAAUUGUGUCACACCUCUUCAUACGGCCUGUAUCCACGCCGUCCCCCACAUCUGCAAGCUUCUACUCCAGCGUGGUGCGGACCCCACACUACGCCACCCCAUGACGGGUUGGGUACCCCUUCACGAAGCCGCCAUGCACGGCCACACCAAAUGCGUUCACGAGCUGCUACGGUUUGGAGCCCCUUGUCACCCCCGUAGUGUAGACAACGACACGCCGUUGGAUCUGGCGCGCCGAUACAACCACCCGGAAACCAUCAGAUUAUUCAAGAACUAUCAACCUGCGACUCCAAAGACGAUGAAGGUGCACUGGGACCACGGCACCCUGGAUCGCAACACGGCCAUGGAGAUCAUUCAGAACUACGGGGCACGAGACGGUCAGUUCCUUAUCCGCAGCAGUCUCAACAAGGAAGGCAUCUUCGUGCUGUCUAUGGCCGCCAAUGGCAGCAUUUACAACUUUGAAAUCAACAAAAAGGGCGAUCAGCUUUUCAUCGAUGACGGUCCGUACUUUGAAACCUUGGAGCAUCUGGUCAACCACUACAUGCAUUACGACGAUGGACUCCCCAUGCGUCUACUGCACCCAAUCAGCCAGCACGGUACCCCGCCCAAUCAGCAUGCCACAGAGAAUCAGCAUCGUAAUCUCCCCAAUGUACCGGUCAGGAAUGGAGAUCGUCCCCCGACACUGGGUCCCAGACCAACUGACCUGACUAGGGACUCUCCAUUACCUGGAAGUGCCUCACCGUCGAGCCCAUCAAGAGCCAUGAAGAAAGGACCCUUUUCGCAGGACCAUCUUGACCAUCAUGCCUCCACCAGCAAGCCAGCAAGUGGCUUCUCUCGCCUUUUCUCUCGGACGAGAAAGCGCGAGCAGCAGAAGCUGCUGCAACAGCAGCAGCAGGAGCAGUUGAAGGCUGCCAGCGGUGAGAAGGACAUGGUGAAUAUUAACGUGAAGGAAAUCCAAAAAGGGAAAGAGAUAGGGCAGGGAGAAUAUGGCUCUGUUCUCCAAGGGAAGUGGCGGAAUCAUGACGUGGCCCUCAAGACGCUCCACCAGGAUCAUCUACAGACCGGUCAGAGAGAGUUCCUGCGGGAGGCUAGGGUCAUGCAUGGCCUGAACCAUGCCUGUAUCGUCAGACUACAUGGUGUAGUCAUGGGCCCUCCCAUGAUGCUGGUGCAAGAGUUAGUGUCGAUGGGAGCCUUGCUUGAUCUCCUUAUUGAUCAUCCUGAUCAGAUAUCUGAGGAGAACCUAAGAUUAUGGGCGGCUCAGAUCGCAUGUGGGAUGAUGUACCUCGAGACCAAGAAGUUUGUUCAUCGAGAUCUAGCUGCCAGGAACAUCCUCCUCGUCAACAAAGAGCAGGUCAAGAUAAGCGAUUUUGGACUUUCACGGGCGACCGGUGAGAACAAUGAUUACUACAGAGCGACUACAGGUGGCAGAUGGCCAGUCAAAUGGUACGCUCCAGAGUCCAUCUACUUUGGGACUUUCUCCCAUGCGUCAGAUGUUUGGAGUUAUGGUGUUACUGUCUGGGAGAUGUACACCUACGGGGACCAGCCCUAUGGAGAUAUGAUGGGGGCAGAGGUGAUCCAGAUGAUUGAGAGAGGGGCCAGGCUGACCAUGCCGGACGGCUGCUCCAGGAAAGUCUAUAACAUCAUGAUGGAAUGCUGGUCUUACGACGCAUACAAGAGGCCGACCUUUAAUGACCUCAAUAAGAUGUUCAGCGAGGACCCAGACUACCGAGAAUUCUACCACGCUGGGGUGAAACAGGCACCCAGCAAGAAGAGAUAAAAGGUAGGGGUUUGGUUUGAGCAACAAUGGUGAGAGCUGGAUUGGAACAACAUGCAUGCCAUGGAGGGGGGGGGUAGAAUUUGUUGAAGCAGAUACCUAAAUACCUCACACACUCGUUGACAAAUUCUGGAGGGGUUUGGUUUGAGAAAGAAGAGGUAAGCGGGGGUUUGAUUUAGUUGAAGCUGAUACCUAAAUACUUCAUACACCCAUUAAAGGCAGUGGACACUAUUGGUAAUUAUUCAAAACAAUUAUUAGCAUUAAACCUUACUUGGUAACGUGUA